UGGCGGCGCCUACCCUCCAUCCGGCGGUCACUGUGCUUCCCUGUGGCCGAAGAGAGGCUCCCUCUGUCCGGCCGCUCUCUCGCCAGACAGUCCUCACCGACGGAGCGUCACUUUUGAAUGAAACAGGAGCAAGUCCUCCCCCGGGCAGCAAAGUGGAGGGAAAGGACAAACCAACGGACAUUUUAAUAGUAUGGACGCCGAACGCCAAAGCGACGUGGUGGAGCGUCUGGUCAACGAGCUCGGUGCUCUGCUGAAGAUGUUGGAUCAUGAGAGCGUCAGCCCCGCCACCGCAGACAAGAUGGCGUCCGUACGCAACAUCCUGGACGCGCUGUCGGUCAGCGGAUCCGAUGUCUACAUGAACAGCUGUCUCUAUGGCAACGGCACCAGCUUCGUCGAGUCUCUGUUCGACCACUUUGCAGACUGUGAUCUGCAGGCGCUCAGCACCUCCCCUGUCCAGCAGAGAGAGCCCACCGAGGAAGAGGAGGAGACGCCCCCUAACAAAUCGAUGCCCACUGACACGCCCCCGCCACUGCCUGCCACGCCCCUCCCUGAGGACUACUACGAGGAGGCGGUUCCUCUUCACUCGGGCUCCGCCCCCCAAUACUUCACCACCAACAUGGACCCAGCUUCCAGGAACUCCGAGGAAGACGCCUACUAUGAAGAUGCAGACAACAACUACCCCACCACCAGGAUCAACGGGCCUCCCAAAAACUCCUAUAACGACUCCGACGCUCUGAGCAGCUCCUACGAGUCGUACGAGGAGGAGGAAGAGGAGGCCAAAGGACAGGGUCCUCCUCAGAGAUGGGCCGCGGACGGGAGUCCGGAAGGCCCCGUCCAGGACUGCAGGAUUUGCGCUUUCCUGAUGCGGAAGAAGCGCUUCGGCCAGUGGUCCAAACAGCUGGUGGUGGUCCGAGACAGCAAACUGCAGUGCUACAAAAGCAUCAAGGAGAGCACCCCCCACACAGAGCUCCCUCUCAACCUGUGCAACGUCAUUUACGUCUACAAGGAGGGUCGCAAGAAGAGACACGAGCUGCGCUUCUCUCUGCCGGGCGGAGAGGUUCUGGUUCUGGCUGUGCAGAGCAAGGAACAAGCCCAGAGAUGGCUCAAAGUCGUGCAAGACGUCGGCAGCCAUUGUGGCAACAUGGACGGCCUGAGCGGAUCCAUCUCUCCCGUAGUCCACAGGAAGGUGGAGCUGGACAAGGCUGACAAGCAUAUGUCAGACUCGGACAGCGGACCGACAGCAGACGGUCAACCACCUGGACCUGGACCUGGACCUGGACCAGGACCAGGACCAGGACCUGGACCUGGACCAGGACGGGAUGCUGCCGACACACUCAGCAAAGGAAAACGCGGCGCCUUCUCGGAGCUGACGGGAUCGAUGAGCCGAGCGGCCGGGAAGAAGAUCAACCAAAUCAUCACCUUCUCCAAACGCAAGACGCCCGCCGGUCACCAUGACGACCCUCGUUGCGGCUAUCUGAGCGUGUGCGUGGGCGGAGUCUGGAAGGAUCGCUGGUGCGCGCUGCGAGCGGGGAGUCUGCACCUGCUAAGGGACCCGGGCGACCAGCGGCCUCCCGUCAUUGUGGUCCCCCUCAGGGGGGGCGAGGUGGUCCCGGGGGGCUGUGGCCCCAAGCAUCCCUUUUCCUUCCGCAUCCUUCAGGGAGGCGUGGAGCUGGCGUCCUUGGAGGUAAAGGCCGGCUGCUCGGAGACGCUGGGACGCUGGCUGGGGGUCCUGUUCGCCGAGACGGGCAGCGCCACGCUACCCGAGGAGCUUCACUACGACUACAUUGACGUGGACACGUUGACGGACAUACGCCACGCCGCCAGACACUCCUUCCUGUGGGCCACCUCCGCCGCCGCCGUGGACCCCACCACGUACGAUGACGUUUACGAGAGUGUGGAGGACGACGAGGACGAGGGCAUGGCCAGGGGCCAGGUGAGACGCCACGCCUCCUUCUCCAGCAGGGACUCCGAGAAGACGGAGCAGCAGGCCGCCGUCAAGAGACACGCCUCCAACGUCAACCAGUACGGACGCUACGGGAAACUGCGAGCGGAGGAGGACGCCAGACGCUACCUGACGCAGCGGGAGGAGCUGGAGGGGCAGAAGGAGCGGCUCAGGAACGCCCUCGUCUCCCUGCGCAGGGAGAAGAAGGACUUGAAGACCGGCGGCGGGACAGAUGGCGGCGUGGAGCGGCGGCUGGCCCAGCUGGAAGUGCUGUGCAAGCAGAAGGAGGAGGAGAGGGUGGAGCUAGAACUCCGACUGACCGAAGUCAAAGACAACCUCAGCAAGUCACUGGCCAGGGGACAGCUGGCUCCGCCCACCAACGCCACCGUCACCUCCAAGAAGCAGGACAAGAAAGUGGACAAAGUUUACAACGACAUCAUUCCCGUCAACUCAGCGUCCGAACUCCGCAAACGACCGCCAUCGCUCUACGCCUCCUCCAAAGUCAAUGUCAUGCAGAAGGCAAAGGAGUGGGAGUCCAAGACGAGCACGUAGACGCUGUGACGUUGACGGCAGACAAAGAGGAAGAGGAGACACCUUGUGUGUUGGACCACGUGGGCGGAGUCACGCAUAGAGGCCCCUCCCCCCUCAGCUCAUCUACAUAUCGCAAGGACGUCAACGUGACUGGCACUGACGAGGCGUGCACGUGAGCGACACCGAUUUGAUUCGUUUCAAUGAAAAAGCAAAAGUUGUAAGUUUGGGGUUUUUUGCGUGUGAAUGCUGAGGAAUAUGUUAUUUCUUGUAUUUAUUUAUUUUUCUAUUUAGUUUUUUUUUUUUUUUUUUAACUCUUCCACGCUUUUUUUUGUCACAAUGUUCAUUCAGGACACAAAUGCUCGCGUUCCAAUUUUUUUAACGUAAAAAUUUUCUUUGAAAUGAUUGACUAAUUUUUUUUUCAAAGUUCUGCAUUUCUCAACCGUUUCCAACGUGGAAAAAAUGCGCUCAUUCAGUACGAUUUUCAUCCCACAAGUUACGGAGGUUGAUUUGUGUCUUUAUUACGAAAGCUUAUUUGGACACUGAAUUUUAUCGCAUUAAAUUAUAUCGACAAUUUCAUUGAAUAAAAAUUUGGGAGCAGAAUUUGCGUUUUUAAAAAUUCAGUGCAAAAUAAAAAAAAAACUGUGGAAAAAAAACAAAAAACAUUCAUCCAUUUUCUACCGCUUGUCCGUCUUGGGGUUGCGGGUGGGCUGGAACCUAUUAUAGAGUAAAAAAAAAUUAUGUUUUAAAAAAUUCAGUGUAAAAAAAUUAGUGUGUGAAAGUUUAGUGUAAAAAAAUCUGUGAAAAUUUUCAGUGGAAAAAUGUUCUGUUUGUAAAAUUUUGGGGUAAAAAAUUUUUGGAGUAAAAAAAUAAAAAAUGAUGUGUGAAAAAACCUUUCCAUCCAUUUUCUACAGGGGGCUGCAGCCUAUCAGAGUGUAAAAAAAAUCCUCUAAAAAAAUGCAGUGUAAAAAGUUUCUGAUUGUAAAAUUUUUGUGUAAAAAAAAUUUGAGUAAAGAAACCUACAAAAUUCAUCCAUCCAUCCAUUUUUUUUACAGCUUGUCCCUCUUGGGGUCACAGGGGGCUGCAGCCUAUCAUAGUGUAAAAAAAAUAUGUGGAAAAACAUACAGUGUAAAAUGUUCAGUGUAAAAAAGGUUCUGUUUGUAAAAUUUUUGUGUCCAAAAUUUUUCAGUUAAAAAAAAAAAAUUAUUUGUAAAAAAACCUUACAAAAAUUAUCCAUCCAUCCAUUUUCUACAGCUUGUCUCUCUUGAGGUGGCAAGGGACUGCAGCCUAUCCGAGUGUAAAAAAAAAUAAUUUAAAAAAAUGCAGUGUAAAAAAGGUUCUGUUUGUAAAUUUUUUGUGUAAAAAAAGUGUGAGUAAAAAAAAAAACCCAACAAAAUUCAUCCAUCCAUCCAUUUUUUUACAGCUUGUCCCUCUUGGAGUUACAGGGGGCUGCAGCCUAUCCGAGUGUAAAAAAAAAUCUGUGAAAAACUUGCAGUGUAAAAAUGUCAGUGUAAAAAAGGUUCUGUUUGUAAAAUUUGUGUGAAAAAAAAUUUUGAGUAAAAAAAAACUUACAAAAAUUAUCCAUCCAUCCAUUUUCUACAGCUUGUUUCUCUUGAGGUGACUGCAGCCUACCCGAGUGUAAAAAAAAAUCCUUUAAAAAAAUGCAGUGCAAAAAAGGUUCUGUUUGUAAAUUUUUUGUGUAAAAAAAGUUUGAGUAAAAAAACCUACAAAAUUCAUCCAUCCAUCCAUUUUUUUACAGCUCGUCCCUCUUGGGGUCACAGGGGGCUGCAGCCUAUCAGAGUGUAAAAAAAUAUGUGGAAAAACAUGCAGUGUAAAAUGUUCAGUGUAAAAAAGGUUCUGUUUGUAAAAUGUUUGUGUCCAAAAUUUUUCAGUAAAAAAAAAAAAUUCUGUGUAAAAAAACCUUACAAAAAUGAUCCAUCCAUCCAUUUUCUACAGCUUGUUUCUCUUGAGGUGACUGCAGCCUACCCGAGUGUAAAAAAAAAUCCUUUAAAAAAAUGCAGUGCAAAAAAGGUUCUGUUUGUAAAUUUUUUGUGUAAAAAAAGUUUGAGUAAAAAAACCUACAAAAUUCAUCCAUCCAUCCAUUUUUUUACAGCUCGUCCCUCUUGGGGUCACAGGGGGCUGCAGCCUAUCAGAGUGUAAAAAAAUAUGUGGAAAAACAUGCAGUGUAAAAUGUUCAGUGUAAAAAAGGUUCUGUUUGUAAAAUGUUUGUGUCCAAAAUUUUUCAGUAAAAAAAAAAAAUUCUGUGUAAAAAAACCUUACAAAAAUUAUCCAUCCAUCCAUUUUCUACAGCUUGUUUCUCUUGAGGUGACUGCAGCCUAUCCGAGUGUUAAAAAAAAUCCUUUAAAAAAAUGCAGUGCAAAAAAGGUUCUGUUUGUAAAUUUUUUGUGUAAAAAAAGUGUGAGUAAAAAAAAAAUUCAGUGUAAAAAAACCCCCAACCAAAUUCAUCCAUCCAUCCUUUUUUUUACAGCUUGUCCCUCUUGGGGUCACAGGGGGUUUGCAGCCUAUCAGAGUGUAAAAGAAAUCUGUGAAAAACAUGCAGUGUAAAAAUGUCAGUGUAAAAAAGGUUCUGUUUGUAAAAUUUGUGUGAAAAAAUGUUUUUGAGUUAAAAAAAAAAAUUCAGUGUAAAAAAACCUUACAAAAAUGAUCCAUCCAUCCAUUUUCUACAGCUUGUUUCUCUUGAGGUGACUGCAGCCUAUCCGAGUGUAAAAAAAAAUCCUUUAAAAAAAUGCAGUGCAAAAAAGGUUCUGUUUGUAAAUUUUUUUGUGUAAAAAAAGUGUGAGUAAAAAAAAAAUUCAGUGUAAAAAAAACCCCCAACAAUAUUCAUCCAUCCAUCCUUUUUUUUUUACAGCUUGUCCCUCUUGGGGUCACAGGGGGCUGCAGCCUAUCAGAGUGUAAAACAAAUCUGUGAAAAACAUGCAAUGUAAAAAUGUCAGUGUAAAAAAGGUUCUGUUUGUAAAAUUUGUGUGAAAAAUUUUUUUUGAGUUAAAAAAAAAAAAUUCAGUGUAAAAAAACCUUACAAAAAUCAUCCAUCUAUCCAUUUUCUACAGCUUGUCUCUCUUGGCGUUUCAGGGGGCUGCAGCCCAUCAGAGUGUAAAAAAAAUCCUUAAAAUAAAUGCAAUGUAAAAAAGGUUCUGUUUGUAAUGUUUUUGUGUAAAAACAUUUUGAGUAAAAAAAAAAUUCAGUGUAAAAAAA